AGAAGUAUGAAGGAGGAAGCUAUACAAGCAACCGGCUCUACAAAGAAAACUCUAUAGCAAGACCUACCAAUCAAAAAAAGGAAAAAGAAAGAGAAGAAUCUGUAGAGUCUAACAUUACGGAAACCAAGAGAAAAAGAGAAGAUUUAAGCUUACUAGAUGACGAGGAAGGAAAGCCCAAAGUUAAUAGAUCUUUUAGACAUAGAAUUAUUGGAAAUACAAUAAAAUUGGCAGAGCACAAUAGCCAAUCGAAGAUUGAUGCCUUGAGAAAAGAAUGGGUACUUCUCAAGGCUGAAAAUAAGACACUAAUAGGGAAAAUCGCAAAAAAAAAGAGAAAGAAAACCAUCUUAGUAGAACACUGGGAACACAUAGAAGAUCCGCAAAAAAUAACAGUCAAAUUAGUUAAAUACAAAGACUGCAAAUUUGGCUCAUUGAAGCUUUCAGGAGAUGAAAUUUCUUGUAAGAGAAGGUUAAAGAAAAAUAAGAUGCAGGAAAUUCCUUCAAAGAUUGUACGAAAGAUAUCAACACAAAACCAGAUAUGGAAAUUAGUCACUCCACUUAGCAGUAUUGUAGAUACAUCGCAGUGA